UUUAUGUUUAUUUCAGUGCAGUCCUUAUUGUUUUCGUCUGACCUCAGUGAAACCUAAUCCAAUCCAUCUCUUUGACUCAAACUGGACUUGAACAUUUGAGGAAAUGACCAGAAAGCAAAUGAGGAAAUGUAUCAUCUUCUAUGUCUUACAUGGGCUAUUCAUGUAAAUAUAUGAAUAUAUAUUCCUCUUGUUUUGCCAAAACGUCACAAACAUAGAAAUGUACAGUAUGUUAUCCUACAAUACCUAGAGUAACUUUACUGUUUGGGAUCAGUUAUGCCUCCAAUUGUUGUGGAACAAAGAUAAAAACCAAAUUACAUCUAUAGUUUGUGAUUCUUGAAGAUCAUUGACAUCAGUUCAAAAAUAAUUUUAAAAAUCAAUACAAUUAAAGUAAGGUUUUGGGCUGUUAAAAGAGGAUCCAUGGUCAUGGUUAACAUAAUGAAAAAACAAAGAAAAAUCUUAAUAAUUUCCAACUUAUUAAUAGACAGAAAUGUUUUGUCCGUUUUGUUGCAACUGAAAUACACUGCAGUGCAGAAGAAGUUGCAUAUUCAACAUGAUCAACGCUCGCGCUGUUUCUCAGGAAAUAGAUGUAGCCUAUCUGAGUGCACAGAAUCAGAUCAGGUCAGAUGUUCUGUUUCCCCUCAACUUUCUGUCCCGGGUCCUAAGGGAGACGAGGCUGCAUCCUCCGGGGGCAGCAGCAGCAGCAGCAGCCUCUGUGCUCCUCGCUUGGCCCCUGUGUAUGUGUGUGUGUGUGGUGUGUGGUGGUCCGGACGCCGAAGUGACGAGCUUUGUGGUGCAUUCGACGUCUGCACCGUCUCCGGACUGACAGGGCCGAAGGUCCAAUGAAAUAACUCGACAUAUUGAGGUUGUCAAAUCAAAGCCAAAGAGGAGGCGCUGUCCCGUCGUCGUCUGCAUUACGUCAUGCACAAACAGCUGGUCGUUGGCAAAAAUCUGAAAAAAUGUAGACCAGCACAGCGACUGAGAACUGCACCCGGGCUGUAGCCCCUCCACUAAAUAUUUUGCUUUUAACGAUGUGGCAACUGGAGCGCCUGGGCUCAGGAUGUAGCCCUCCGAGGCUCCUCUUGCUUGUUUACACCUAUCUCUGCGCUCUUGGAGAUUGCCUUUUUGUGACUGAAUACUUCACCCGCACGCCUCGUAAACUGAAUGCUUUCAACUCCUUCGCCAGUGUGGAACUGUUCCACUUCAAUGUGCCUGAUGACACCAUGAUGGCCGUAUGGAACCUCAUCACAUUCAAGGAGCAAGGGGGCACAUUUGGAGACAGCUGCCCAAACCGCAAUGUGACUGUGUACUUCAGGUCUGGGGCUCCACCAGUAAUCAACCCCCUGUACACCCGCUUCCCUCGGGACACAGUUGUCCCAGGGUCCUUUGCUGUGACCCUGACCUGGACUCUUCCAAACCGUACAACAGGAGCAUUCAAUGUGACCAGCCCACUCCCUGGAGACUGGUUCCUAGCAGCACAUUUACCCAAGGAUGAAGGCAAGAUCUCAGUCAAGGGUCUGUCUGAAGAAUGCCAGUAUUUGUUCCAACCUCAGCUCAUUGUCCAGAGGCUAAUUGGGAUUUCAGUGCUCUAUCCUGGAUACUUCAUUGACCAGAUGAUCCCCAUCCACAACAGAUCUGCACUUUAUAAAGUGUUCAUCCCCAAUUAUAUAUCAAAGGUGAAGGUUCAGCUGGUAAACUGCAGCACCAAGAACAAGAGUAGCGACAGUUGUCCCGUGGUGCUGAAGAUAAGAGCGCGGGCGCCACCGGUGCAUAACUCAAGUGCCCUCGACUGCAGGGAGUGGAACCCCUGUGAAUUAGACACCCUCGUUCCUGCCUGGGAACAAUGGUACUACAUCCUGGUGGAGAGAUAUCUAAGUAACUCUGACGUCUACUUCCGCAUCGGGGUGCAGGUCACAGAUUGCUCCAAGCCCAAUUUGUCAAAGGACCAAGCGCAGCCCAGCUCCUCCAUGAACAUGCCUCAGUCUUUUGGAACGGCGAUGGGUUUCUCCCUGUCUGAGACGCUCUCGGUGGCGACCCUGCCCAGCCUGACGCAGAACGCCAGUCACCUGCACACCUCGGAGGACAGCAUCAUUUACCUCGCCCCCACCGCCGGCACUAACAAGUGCUGGCCCAUCCGCCCGACUCUGCGCAAUGAGCUGGACACCUUCUCCGUGCACUUCUAUGUCUUCUUUGGGCCGAACAUAUCGAUUCCACCUGACAGGGCCGCCGUGUUCGCCAUCAACCUGAUGCCAGUUUUAGACAGUGGAGGAGUCCUCAACAUGGAGCUCAAGCUCAACAUGUCUACGCUGAAAGGAGCUAAUGUCACUGUGUUUGGCUGCCUGAAUCAUGGGAUGCCUCUUUUCUUGCGGGAAAACUCAUCACUGAAAUGUGAAUCAGAAUCGGCGGCCGGGUUUUUCCUUUCUGUGAAUGCCUCUGCUAAUAUCACCAAACUGAGGAUCCCCUAUCCACAAACAGGCACCUGGUACCUCAGUCUGCGCUCACUAUGUGCCACUGAACAUGGAUUUGAGGCGUGCACCAACGUCACAGCCGAGGUGUAUAUGCGCUCGUACCUGACUCCGUGCAUCAACGACUGUGGGACGUAUGGACAGUGCAAGCUUCUGCGCACCAACAACUACCUUUACGCUGCAUGUGAAUGCAAAGCAGGCUGGGACGGCUGGGGAUGCACAGACAACUCGGAGGCGUACUCCUACAGUUUCCAGCUCCUCUCCACCCUGCUGCUCUGCCUCAGUAACCUGAUGUUCGUCCCACCUGUGGCCAUCGCCAUCCGAAGCCACUAUCUGCUGGAGGCUUCAGUCUACAUCUUCACCAUGUUCUUCUCCACUUUCUACCAUGCAUGCGACCAGCCGGGUAUUGUGGUGUUUUGCAUCAUGGAGUACGACGUCCUGCAGUUCUGUGACUUCCUCGGGUCGCUUAUGUCAGUGUGGGUCACUGUCAUUGCUAUGGCCAGGCUAAAGUCCAUCAUCAAACAGGUGCUGUAUCUACUUGGGGCGAUGUCCCUGUCCAUGGCUCUGCAGCUGGACCGUCACGGUCUGUGGAACCUGCUGGGACCCAGCCUGUUUGCUCUGGGCAUCAUGGCCGUGGCGUGGACGGUGCGCACCAUCCGUCGGCGGCGUUGCUACCCGCCCACCUGGAAGCGCUGGGUGUUUUUCCUCUUCCCCGGCACCAUGAUUGCCACGUCUGCCGUGGCGCUCUACGCCUUCGUGGAGACGGAGGAGAACUACUUCUACAUCCACAGCAUCUGGCACAUGCUGAUCGCAGGGAGCGUGGGCUUCCUCCUGCCUCCUCGCGCCAAGCCCGAUGCCAAGGUGACCCCGCUGAAGCGCAGGCGGGGCUGUGGCUAUCAGCUGUGCGUGAACGAGCACGAGGAGCUGGGCCUGGUGGACCCCGCCAUCAUCUCCAUCAACAGCAUCUGCACCAGCUGAUAAACUCCCAGCCUUUUACCUUAGAGACACUUCAUUGCCUUCUUUUACUUGGGAAAUUCACACACGGGAAAUUAAGCCACAGAACUUGAAAAAGCAAUGUAAAUACUUAAAUGCAGAUGUGACACAUUGGAGUUCUUUUUUUUCUGUUGUUAUUGUCAUGGUAAUUACUAUCAAUACAACUGUAAUUAUUAUUAUCUAUAGUUAAAGUUGUUCUGAUGAAUUGUGGGUGUACAGUGAAACACUGUUGUUUGUGAAUAUGUAUUUAAAGUCAAAGCUGAAACACUGCUGCUAUCUGACGGUGACUGUAAAACUGCUUCUGUUGGUUAUUUAUUGGUGGUCUUGUAUACAGGCCAGUUAUUUUACUGUUGGGGGCACAGGUCAAGGGGAGACAUGAAGGACGGGGGCGGGGCGGGAGGGGGACAUUUAUCAAGGGCACGGCUUUUCUGAAAUUCUUUUGGAAUAUAUCUUUUGCACUGAGACACAAAAAUGUUAUUCUGUAAAUUUUUAUAACAAUACGAACUACAGUGGGCGUCAUCACAAAUGUAAAAACCCUAGAUGUCAUGUGGAAUGUUAGACUGUCUUUUGCAAUUGCAAUGUAUCGCUUUUACACGAAUGUGCUGAUUGUUCUUGAUGGGAACUAUUCCAAAGUCCAGCUGCCUGUUGAACAAGAAGAGGGGGAGGCAGGAUAACUUCAGAGACCUCAAACCAAGACCUCACCUCCCUGUUCUUUUCUGACAGGACCUGUGUGACACCACAUUCAUAAACAAUAAAUGUUUUCUUUCUUUGCCUCA